AUUUGAAGUAAAUCUGUAUUCAUGAAGAGUGACUGCAUGCAAACCACAGUAUGUCAAGAGAAAAAAGAUCCAAUAGAAAUGCUUCAUUCUGGGCAGCUGGUGAAAGUCUGUGCCCCAAUGGUUCGAUAUUCAAAGUUGGCUUUUAGAACAUUAGUAAGAAAAUACAGUUGUGAUCUAUGCUAUACACCAAUGAUAGUUGCUGCUGAUUUUGUCAGAUCUAUAAAAGCCCGAGACAGUGAAUUUACUACAAACCAAGGUGAUUGCCCAUUGAUUGUUCAGUUUGCUGCUAAUGAUGCAAGACUUUUAUCUGAUGCUGCUCGUAUUGUCUGUCCUUAUGCGAAUGGAGUAGACAUUAACUGUGGUUGCCCUCAGAGGUGGGCAAUGGCAGAAGGUUAUGGAGCUUGCUUAAUAAACAAGCCAGAGCUUGUUCGAGAUAUGGUGAAACAAGUAAGAAAUCAAGUGGAAAAUCCCAGAUUUUCAGUAUCUAUUAAAAUAAGGAUCCAUGAUGACCUUACAAGAACUGUAGAUCUUUGUCGAAAGGCUGAGGCAACAGGAGUUUCUUGGAUUACAGUCCAUGGAAGAACUGUUGAAGAAAGACAUCAGCCGGUCCACUAUGAGGCUAUUAAAAUAAUUAAGGAAAAUAUGUCUAUACCUGUAAUUGCUAACGGAGACAUCAGAAACUUAAAAGAAGCAGAAAAUGUAUGGCAUAUUACUGGGACAGAUGGUGUGAUGGUUGCAAGAGGACUCUUAGCAAACCCGGCCAUGUUUGCUGGAUAUGAGGAAACCCCACUGAAGUGCAUCUGGGACUGGGUUGACAUUGCUCUUGAACUUGGAACUCCAUAUAUGUGUUUCCAUCAACAUUUAAUGUACAUGAUGGAAAAGAUAACUUCAAGGCAGGAAAAAAGAGUAUUUAACGCUUUGUCAAGCACAUCAGCAGUCUUAGAUUACCUAACAGACCAUUAUGGCAUUUGACUGGACUUCUAAAUUUCCUUAGUAUUUACUUCACUUUAUAUCUACAGUGAAACCACCCAAGGUCACAUUUUGGUUUCUACUUUAAGUCAGUGUCUCUCACACAUUAGCUUAAGAACAGAACCCUGAGAACAUUUUAAAAAGUUCGUCCUAGACCCCAUCCUCAGAGAUUCUGAUUCAGUAGAUCUCUAGGUGGAAGCAAAAUUUAGUUUAAAAGAAGACCCCAGGUAGGGGGCCUGGGUGGCUCAGAUGGUUUGGGCAUCUGCCUUCAGCUCCUGUCAUGAUUCCA